GUUCUUUCGAUUGUUUAGGGUUUUGCAUCAAUGAAACCUAAUUGCGAUUGAAAAAUCUGUUGUUAAAUAUUGAUUAUUGAGAAAGUUUUUGACUGCAUCUUUAAAUUUAAGAAGGUACUUGAACUUAUUAAAUUCUCUGAAACUUCAUUGAUUCAGUCACUUUGUCUGUUUGUCAUUUAUCCCUCUUUUGGUUAGAGGGAAAAGCCAACAUUCCGAAGGUUUCUAAUGUCAUAGCUGCAGUUGAGUUGUUUUUUGCUGUAGAUCAAACCAAUUAUUGUUUUUUAUAGAUGAGACCAUCAUCCAAGUAUCAAAGUUGAAUCAAUAUACAUAUGUUGGAAUGGGGGAAAAGGCUGCAAAUAAGGAGGUAGACAAACUUUCUGAAUCACUGAACGAUCUCUUCACCAAUGUCUCUACUAUGAUCAAAGGCGAACUCCAGGGCACAAAUAACUUGCUGGAACUUUUGGAGAAGAUGAAUACCAGAGUAGCAGAGGAAUACAAGGGUCUGGGUGAUGUAGCUUCUGGAUUACGGGUUUUUGUGGAGCAGUUGAAGGAAAAAAAUGGAAACUUUGAUGAAUACGUUCAGCAAAUUGAAGCGAUGGAGCAGCAAUUGACAGAAUUUGAAGCUGUAGUUUCUGUGCUUGACAAGCAUGUAUCUUUGCUGGAAUCAAAAGUGCAUUCUGCUUAUCAGCAAUCUCCAACGUAAAUACUGUGGUGAAACUAAUGGUUUCUUUUAGCGAUUUUAUUUUUUUGAAGCAUGAUAUUUAUUGAUCUACUAAAGAACUGUUACAAGAGGGUAUGCAAUACCCGAAGAUUCAAAUACAGUUGACUCGAAACGCCAAGAAAUUACAAAAACAUGACAUUGAAGUAACAGAAGGGUAUCAGUCUCUGGAUUACAAUUGCAACGGAGAUGGAUAUUGGAAUUGGUGGUGGGGUGGAUCUGGAUGAGGUUGUCGAGGAUCCAUAGGUCUUCGACGAAUGCUUUCCACAAGAAAAGCUGUAUAGUUGAUGGACAUGGCUGAGUCCAUGGGAACUUAGGUGUUGGUGAUGAGUUUCAAUGCAAGAAAUCCGAGAUGAUAGUCAGGCUUUUGUAUUCAGAUGUUGCAAAAUGUUGCCCAACCGAAAUCUGUCUGCCUUUUUGUUCUCCAGCGUUAUCCAUAAUUUCAACCUGAGUCCUCAGCGUUGAAUGUGAUUUGCAUUUAUUUUAGCGAAUGAUUUAAUUGAUUAUGAUUGUUUCCUAACAUAAAAUAGAAACCGUCUUUCUAUCA